AGUCUGAGCUUCUCUUCAUCCAUGGAAACUGCUCUCUUGACUGAAGAAAAUGUGAAGAAAGGAGAGCCGGUUACACUGGUUUCUCCUGCAAAUCCAACGCCCACACAAACAAUAUAUCUCUCAAACAUAGACCAGACUGUGGCAUUUGAAGUAAAAACCAUCUUCUUCUACGAGGUCCCUGAAGUUGCUGAAGCAACUGCAUCUUGUAUUACAGAGCUGGUGAAGCAAGCAGUAUCUGAUGUGCUUCUGAUACCUUACUAUUUCAUGGCUGGGAGGCUCAGGUUCAACUUUGAUGAAGCAAGGUUGGAACUGGUUUGCAACAAUAAAGGUGUCCUUUUUGUGGGAGCCAUCUCAAGCCUUAGCUUGAAGGAACUGGGAAACCCCUCAUUUCCAAAUCCUUCGUUUCAGCAUCUUAUAAUUUCAACAGAGGGGUUUCAUGAUCUUGCUGAUACUCCCAUUUUCAGCAUUCAGGUUACAAGAUUCAGGUGUGGAGGUUUCUCAAUCGGAUUUGUGGUGAAUCACAGUAUACUUGAUGGCAGAUCAGCCGCAGACAUGCUUUCAAGCCUAGCUUCAAUCUGCAGAAAUGGAGGCCAGCAGAGUACUUAUGAGCUCAGCACAGAUAGAUCAUGCAUGAGGGCAAGAAGCCCACCACAAAUUAAGUUUAAGCACACAGAGUACAGAAAACCAUCAGAAUCUUCUUCCACCUCCUUCACCUCACCAUCUGUUUCAUCACCACCAAAUCAGUUCUCCAAAAACUCAAACUUUAGCCUAUUCUCAUUCAGUCCAGAGAUGAUCAACAGUCUUAAAACCAAAUCUGAAAUGAAAUGCUCCAGUUUUGAAGCAAUGGUGGCUCAUUUAUGGAGAGCUAGAACAAAAGCAGUCUUCACAGACCCAACAGAACUGUCUUCAGUACUGUUUGCUGUGGACAUAAGAUCAAAAAUGAAUCCACCAUUGCCGCAUGGAUUUAUCGGAAAUGCAGUCAUAACUGCAUCUGCAAGCGCUGAGGUGGAAGAAUUGGGAAAGAAAAAGUUCUCCUUUGCGGUGGGGUUGGUGAGGGAGGCCAUUGACAGGGUGAAUGAUGAGUAUGUGAGGUCUGUUAUAGACUGGCUUGAAGUUUUCAAGGGUGUUCCAUGUGCACUGGAUGGGAACUUCUUUGUUUCUGCAUGGUGGAAGCUUUCGUUUCAUGAGCUGGAUUUUGGGUUUGGGAAGCCUGUCUAUGGAGGGCCGGUGAUGAUGGGUGGAAUGGAGGAGUUUGUUCUGCUGCUGUCUGGUGCUGGUGGUGGAGGGGAGGAGAGGGGAGGUGGGAUUAAUGUGUGGAUAGCUUUGGAUGAAGAGAAGAUGGAGAAGUUUAGCUCUUAUGUUUUUGAGAUUUAAUGGAGAAGAAUUAGUUGGAGAUCUAUCACCAUGUGGGUGAAGCAGGGAAGCUUACUGCGAUCAUGUAGUAGUUUGGAGGAUGGAUGAUUAUAUGUGUAGAAGAUAAAUGACAAUAGUAGAAAUGUUUAUUUAUAAGAUUAUUUGUCCAAUGUUUUCAGAAAAGGAAUAGGAGUUUAUGCUUGCACAAUUCAGUACAACCAUGUUGCACACUCUAUCUCUCCGCAUUCUCCUAUAAUUAUUUGUUGUCUUACGUUUGGACUCCAAUUAAAAUUUGGUGCAUGCCAUUGCUUAAAAAGCGGAUAAGCCUGAAGCUCAACCUGAUCAUGGUGCACAACAUGGUCGUACUAGAGGUUUUUCAUUAGUACAAUUAUGUUGUAGUAAGGAAAAAAACAUCUAAUUAAACAAUUCGAUGGAAAAGAUAUUGUGUACAACAUGGUUGCAUUGAAGAAAA